CGAUGGGGGUGGAGACACUCCUUCAGGUAUACUGGGCCGAGGCCGUUUAGAGACUCAGGUAUACUGGGCCGUGGCCGAAUAGACUCAAUUUGUGGGAACUUUGUUUUACAAUUUACUCUAGUGCCUUUCUGUGGCAUAUACACCAGAGGGAGCUAUGCUCCCUUUUACAUAUGAAUUGAAGGAAGCAGAUGAUUGAAGACUGCAUAUCUAGAUUGAAAGGAGGGGUGGAUUUAUAUGUUAUGGGAAGCAGGAACUGGUAUCUCCAAGUAUUGAUAGGGUUUAGGAAGAGCCAAUGUUAGGCUUGGAUUCAGGAGAAGGGUCAAAUUUCUGCUUGACUAUGCUUGAUCACAUAAUAGAGUGAUCUUGGUUAAUCAUAAAUUGGCAUAAUAUUGGCCUAACUGCCAUGACCCCACAAUAUUUCCAGUGUGUGUUUUAGUCUUUUUUGCCUCACCGAGACCCUGGGGAGAUAAAAGGGUAAAAAUAAAACCAAAUAGCUCCUUAAUUUUAUUAUCUUUUAAAAUCCUUCAAUAGAGUUAUCAGGGUAACUAACAAAAACACACUAAGAACAGCAAAAUUCACAAGAACAGCACUCAAAAUUCAGAGUAGAUAGGACCAGUAAAAUUAGUUUAAAAGCCUGGAAUAAUAAAGUAUUUGAUGGUCCCAAAAUAAUUUCAGAAUAGGUGAAAGGCAAGCCUUUCCACAAAUGGCCUGCCACAAGAAGGGCACAGUUGCUGAGAAUACUCUUCCUGCUUGCAGAAGAAAGGGCAUCAUGUCAUCCUAUCAUAUCAGCAAAUGUAAUGAUAUUUUGACAGUGAUGGGUCCAUGUAUAAGGGAUGAGAACGGUGGAUAGGAGGAAGAGGAGCAUCAGGGUGUUUCUGUCUUGUCUUUUUCUAAGGCUAAAGUAAUAUAAAGUACAGUUAUGUAAAAACAGUAUGCCAUCCUUGAAGAUGCACAGAGUUGGGUGGACAGAUUCUGGAGAAGGGACUGUGAAGAUGGAAGCAAAAUAGGAUGCCUGUGUUUAGGAAGAAGGGGUUGAAUUAUGUUACAACCCACACUGCAGCAUGACAGUACUAGUGCAAGUCUACUGCUAACCGCUAAAAGGUCAGUUGCAUUACCAUGCAGUGUUGCAGCUGGACCAUUAUGGUGCAGGUUGUAUAUAGCUUUCACUAUAAUCUUCUGCUCAGCCAUAAAUUCCUCUCCGGUGUCUACCAUCAUGCAGUAUUAUUGAAGAUAGGAACAAAUUUCUUUUUGAUUUGCUUCAUAAAACUUCCUCUUCUGUUUGUGGAACGAAAGUCCUAACAGUCCAAGUUUACCAAUGGGAACCAAGAUACAGGCAGAUGAGUCUGCUACUGUAGUUGAGGUUUUCCCCAGCAUCAUUGGACACUUACCAGGCUAUCAAGAAGUUAUUUAUAUGUGCUACACUCCAAUUCUCUUCUGUGUGAUUUUAAUUUUUAAGAUAGGAUGCUUUCUGGUUAUUGUUUUGAAGUAUGGCAAAGGACAUUAUAUAGCCCAUUUCAGCGUUGUGUUUGAACUUCAUUGGGUGUAUGUAUUUUACUGGGAUGUUUAUUAAGAAGCAAGAUAAGCAGCAGCACAUGUGGGUGUACACCUGUGAUCAAGGUGUUUUUUUAAAGGAUGGGAACAGGUGAUGGCUUUGCCAGCAGCUGCAUUUUAUUAUUUGCUCCAGUUUCCCUUGAGUCUUGCAAUUUGGACCCUGACAUCUCAGAAGAGAGCUGGCAAGGAUUUGCCAGUAUACUUUCCCUAACACAUUAAUAUAGCAAAAGGACUAGACUGAGGAGUAUUUUGUUAUGCUCUGACUUGAAUACAAAAAAAAAUACAUAAAUCUGUUGAGAACUAUGGCAUUUUAGGAGAGAAUCCAAACUAUACAAAUCAGAAUAUCAUGAUUUCUAGUGCAGAGCUUAAAGACAAACUAGAGGACUGAGAAGGGAAACAUACUACAGUGUGGAGGAAUGGAAUUCAUGACUUGUAUUCUGAAAAGCCAGAAAAUCUCAAGAUAAAAAAAAAUGACUGGAUUAUAUUGCCUUUCGAAGUAAACUGCAUUCCAAGGUGUGUAAUUAAUUAUAGCAUGGAGUGUGAGGAACAGAUUUCCCUAAGUUAUGUUAAACUAAACUUGGAGUGUAGACUUCUUAUGCACUUGACCUUUCUUAUAAAUGAAGCAGUAAGUACACAUAUACAGUAUGUGUAUCUUGCCUUGAAACUUGACAUAGUUGUGAGUGAAUUGUGGAAGCAUUUCUUUGCCAUGUUAAUGGAAACUAGUUCAUCCAUGUAACUGCACUGCUUGACUUGACUGUGGGUUGUCUAAGAAGACAGAAUGGUUUUUGAUUACUGCAGAUGCUCUUUAAAAGCAAUAGUCAUUUUAUUUUUAACAGAAAAGAACGUUUGACUUGUACAGUUUACAUGUUCUCAUGUAUUGGAAAUAGCUUAGUUAAGUCUAGAGACUUUUCCUAAAGUACCCAUUUGCUAGAAUUACUAAGCUGUGUUUAUAUAUAUAUUUGUAGAUGUGUAAAGUUUCAGAAAGCAGUUUUUGUGUAGUUUGUGUCAGACUUUGUUAAAAUAUUUUUAUACCAUUUCCCCAGCAGUUCAAUUUUAAUUUUAAAGAGAGCUUUGGAUACAUUAGCUGCAAUUCUUUCAUGGCUAUUAGAGCUUGAAGGGUGUAGUCCUGAUUACACUUGCUAGGGAGCAAGACCAGUGGAACUCAUUUCUGGGUAAACAUAGUUUGCAACGUGCCAUGAGUGUGUAUUUUAUCUUACUUGGUUUCUUGGUUAUCUUACUGGGUUUCUUUCAAAUUGGUUCUUGGUUGGCAUUCUGUGACAUGCUUAGUGAUUUAUCCAGGAGUGGUGUGUAUUUCAGCUGCAAAUGCUUUUUUUGUAUCUGCAUAGUUUUUUAUGUGCGUGCGUUUUGCUGGGAGUUUGGAUUUAAUUUCAGACUCUUCCGUAGUUCAAUAAGAGGUCCUAUUGGGACUGUGUGUUGUAUUUAACACUCCUCACAGUGUGUAUUAUAUCUCUUCCCUACCAACACUUUAGGAUGAUUGUAUGCCAUUUCUAAGAUGACUGUAUAUCAUUUAAAAGAUAUUUUGUGCUUUUAGAAGAUAACCUUUAAAACAGCAAACAAGCAAGGUUGCAAUCGCAGUGAGCUCCAUUGAAAUAGAAGGCCCUUCAUUCAAAGUAAAUUUGCAAAGAUAGGGUCAUUCUGCAAGAGCAAACAGUUUUAGGUCUAAAUGUGCCUCUAAUUUUAAUUCAGAAAAUAGUGUACUUGUCAGAAAUUUGGAAAACACAAGUCCAGCUUGAAAGAGGCUGGUAUGAAUGACAGCUGUGUUUAAUGUCACCUUGCACUGUUUGCAUGGUGCAAGCAGCUGAUCCUAGUAACUAUGUAGAAUAUAAAGGAGCAUUCUUUAUUUGCUCUUUAUCAUAACUGCUCCUCUUUAAUUGUUUUUCUAAGGGACCUCUGGACAUCAUGAACCACACUGUAGUAUAUGAUACCUCAGAAACUAUGGAGUUCUGUGCUUUUCAUCGACUCUAUGUUAUGCCAGUAGUGAAAAUGACAAUCUGUAUAGUGCUUCCAGAACCCACCGGACCUACCUACAUAGUCCCAAAGUGGGAAGUGAUUGAAAAGCUGAAGAAAAUGGUUUGUCCAGACCGGUUCGCCAGUGUUAAGGUUACCAAGAACACUAAGGGUUUCAUUCUGUGUGAGGGAGAGGCAGACACCAAUCGCGUGUUUUGUAGGCUGAAGGAGAAGCUUCAUGGCAAGAUGAUAAACCUCAGUGGCUUCAAAGAUGAUUUGCAAGUGGUUGUCAUGGAGCCACCUUCCAAUCCGCCAGCUCCUCAGGAGUUGGAACCCACUAGAGAAUUGCCAGAGGAAGACUUAGCAGAGCAAAGCAAGGAUAGUCCUGGUUGCAUCUAUUUGGAAGGAUUGCCAUGCAAAUGGUUUGCAGUGAAAGGCUCAGGUAGUGAAUCACCAAGGAAAGAUGUCUUGAGAGCAGUGUUUGAAAAUUUUGGGAAGAUCAAGAACAUAGAUAUCCCUAUGCUUGACCCUUAUAGGGAAGAAGUGGGAGCACGCAUGAAUAAUUUGACUUUGCGUUCCCUUUUGAACCUGCGGACAUUUGAAGCUUUUGUCCAAUACCAGGAGUCCUCAUCUUGUUCAAAAGCUAUGGAGACAUUUAAGGGAAUGAAGCUGGUGUUUAAAGGGGAUGAUGGAAAAGCUCUUGCAUGUUACAUCAAGGUGACGUCUGAUACUACUGAUCAUUUCAGUGAUACUGCUGUAAAUCAGAGAAACCUGGAAAAAAUAACUCUGCAAGAACUAGAGAGAGGGCGAAAGAGGAACGAAGACAGAGGGGGGAAAAGGACUGAAAGAAAACGACGCGAUGAUGAAGAAAAGAAAACUGGAGAAGGAAAGAGGAAGCAUAAGCACAAGAAACAUGGGCAAAGGGAGAUAGAGUGGGAUACAAAACGCCAAAGAAAGCGGAAGGUAACAGAUGCGGAAGAUUUGUGGACAGAGAAGAUGCCCAAUUGGGAAGAGAAGAAACACGAUAUAGCUCAGAAAAGGGAGGAGUCCAUGAGGCUGCUUUCCUUGCUCUUAAACAAAGUAAAAGACGUUGCACAAGCAUCCGAGCAAAUAGGGGGCCCUCUGCUGAAUCUUGAAAUCAAAAGGGAGAAUUGCUCCUUUGCAUCUCAGAUACAGAAUGCACCAAAGGAACAAGUAAACUGCCUUGGGCAACAAGAGUCGAAGAAUAAGAGAGAAUCCAAGUGUCAAUCAGCUCAGUCGGCGGAUGCUUUUAUUGAGGAGAAGCAGCAGCAGCAGCAGCAGCAGCACAUUCCAUUUAAGUUGCCUGCAUUACCUGAUCCGUUUUGGAGAAAUACUUUGAACAGGCCAAUUGCUGAAACCAUCACCACCUACGUAACACACAGGCCCCAUGACAGCCACUCAUUUGGGUGCUUCCCUAAAGCUUCCAGGGAGAGAGAAUUCAGGAAGCCCAAGGUAUAUGAAACUGAUGAAUUCACACAUUAUUUACUCAACUACUAUCAAACCCCAGAAUAUGCACGGGACUUUCCAAGGGUGGAUAACCCAGCGAAUAAGUCUCAGUGGCAGAGGGUGGUGUAUUUCAAUAAGGACAGCUUCCAGAUUAACCUGCAGAACAAAGAUAGGCAGUGCAUGACGGAUUUGAUUUGUGUACCAAAUACCCAAGAGAAAAGCUCCAGGCGUAGUGAUAACUGGGAAGUAAUGGAUGAGGAACCUGAGGUUCUGCCAAAAUACCAGGCAUGUGCUAGUGAGUUUGCCAAAAACUAUCGGGGCAAAGAUCUGUCAAAUGAGGCUGAAGAAGGAACGCUGCGUGGUAAAUUGAAUAGUCGUGUCCUAGUAAGUGCAACUCAUGAUAGAAAAUCUGAAGCAGAAGACACUGAAAUGGUGGCUAUGGCAUCACACAAGCUAGUUGGCCGUGUGAGUAAAUUGAAGGAUGUAUUGGAAGAGAUCAGCAGUGAUUCUGAAUCCUUCAGUGAGGCCCUUAAUGAGUCACGAAGCAAAAAAGAAAGAAAAAAUGGUGGUGGCUGCAAGGUGUCACCCUUCGGUCAGAAAAUGGUGAGAGAUUUGUCGAUUUCUGUCCAAAAUGAUUGUUGUGGUGCUCAAGGUAUGGAAUGCAGCAAACACAGUUUCUUCUCACGCUCUGAGUACUGUGACUCAGCAAGGCACUCCAAGCUAAAGCUUAGGACAACAUACAAAAGAACCAGCAGCAAAGUAAGGGGUGAAGAACAAAGAGUCAAAUGGACAUCUAGUGAUGAGGAGAGGGAAGCUGGUAGGAAGGACAACAGAAAGAGAUAUUCUGGAAACAAUUUGUCUGAUGAUGAACCACAGUUCUUUAAAGCAAACCAUUGUGAAGAGAUGGAGUCUCCUGGCAAGAUGUCCCAUCACAAAAUGAAAUGUAAAACUCAUCACACCAUGCCAGGGGCAGUAAAAGCAACAGAUGCCACCCAUUCGGGCGGGUCUCCUUUCCAAGAAGCUCACCCAAAGGCAGAUAAGGGGAAUGUAGACAUUAAUAAGACCGGUGAGAAUGGGUGCGAAAUAAAUGAAAAGCAGAGAAUUUUCAAGGCUAGCGCAAGAAGAGUGGUGUCAGGGCAAGAAGGAGAGGCAAGAGAAUUGGUGAGAUGGUGAAACAAGCAAGUGGGUGGAAUAGGAUGGGGGCCACUUUCAGUUUUUGGAAGCCCUUUUUGGUGUUAAUGAGCAGCUCCUGCAACGGGGACAUUCUUCACUCCAGGAGGUUUUGCUGCAACUCCUGGUUUUCAGGGGACUUGCUGUUGAGAAAAUAGGUGGAAACAGAUUCCUGAAGGAUGCCCUUUGUUUCCUGUCAAAACAAUUCAAUCCAUAUGCAGAGUCAGUCUGUGGAGGGGAAAUUGGAAGAGGAUGCUAACUUGGUUGGUCUUGGGGGGGUGAUGGGGGUGGUUCUUGAAAGCUCAAAUUAGGCCCUCUUAAGGACUUAAAAAUAAAUCACAUUUGGUGAUUUGGGUGCUCUGCUUGGGCUGCUGUGCAUGCUGGCAGAGCACGAGAGGGCAGACACAGCUUGGCAAAAACUGGUCAACAGAUUCAACAUCUGUACUAAUGACCAAAUUUUUUUUUUAUUAAAAAAAGUUAUUGCAGUGCAUGAUUGAAGCCAUGUUGAAUGGUCUACUCAGAAUCUGAGCCAAGUGAAGUGAAUGGUCCCUGCCGAUUUCGGAGGGAGCCACAGAAUAUGAAAAUGCUCCCUAGUAACUGUACAGUUAAAGGAGUUAGUUGAACAAAUUGUUUAAUUUAUAAGAUUAAAAAAAGAAAGUGCCUCCUCAGUGAUGUCAGAAAGGGGAUGGUGUGAGAGAUGAAACAUUUAUCCAAAAGGCAGAGAAGGAACGUGUUUAUAAUUUACUGCAGACGUGGCAAUUUGAGAUACUCAAGCUUUUUUUUUUAAAUUAUUAUUAUUUAUUUUGCAAGAAGCCUUUUAUUUAUUUAGAAAGAUUUAUAUGCCACUUAAUCAGAAAACUCUGCAAUUAGCAUAGCUUAAUCCAGCAUUGGGCAGUAUAUGCUGUGUGCCAGAUUCUGCUUCUCAGUCCAGACCCUUUUUGUGGCAGGUCCCUUUGGGUUUAUUGGAAUGCUUUGAGUAGAAUAACAGGUGCCCUGGUUUGAAUGGCUCCUCCCUUUAAUUCUGCCUAAAUCUUCUGCCCUUUAUUAUCCAGCCGAGGGCAAAGUUACACAGGAGAGCCAUUAUCAGAUUUCCUGCCAUUCAUUUUUCCCCCCUUUUUCCUUUUGAAAGAGCAGUUUCAGGGUGCUCAGAUGGCAAUCAUAGUAGUGGAGUUGGGAGGAAGUGCUUAGCCCUUCCCACCCCAGUCACUUUACUAAUAAUAAGUAACUCCCUACUAGCAUCAGGGUAAGGUGGAAAUGUGGGCAUGAGAGAGGUAAAGUUGGGCCCAUAUCUUAUGCCCACCUUAUAUAUAUAUAUUUGGGGUGGUGGUGAUGGUAAAUACAUAAAUUGAGAGCGAGGUAAACAUUCCAUUCCCAGCUGUUUAUUUCCCCCCACCUGUGCACCCAGCAAUUUUUCCUUGCUUGCCAGAAUUUGGGAAGAUAGUGGGAAGCUCCCAGAGCCUGGUAAACAGACCUUGCCUUGUAUUGGGGGGAGGGACAGUUCUGGGGGUUCCUGACUGCACAACUUUGCUUUUGUGCAUGGGCACCUGGAACAGAACCCUCGCUUUAAGUGGCAGGCCAGUUGUAUCUGUUUUUUCCCCCUGCCAUGGGACAGAAGUCAAUGGCAGGAGGGGACUAUAGGUGGGAGGAAACAGCAGGGAAAGGGAGGGCUUAGCACCCCUAGAGCCCAGCAUCCCUGCGCCAGUCAAAGCAGGGUGCACCAAGGUUGCUUUAAAGUGUCUUUUUCUUUUUUCCUUUUUUUAAAAAACAAACUCAUAUCAGGAGACCAGGAACUCACACAGAGUUUGGCUCCCAAGUUAAUUUAUUUUGAAGAAUAGGUGGGGCUUGAGAGGGGAGAGCUAAAUUAAAAUCAUGGUUGAUGUUGUGUGAGAACCAAUGAAAUUUCCCCCAGUCCUCUCCUAAAUGUCACAGAAUUAAUUACUUUCAUUUCAAAAGACAGAACUAGAAAGCGAGACGUCCAUAUUUUCACAUGUACUUCACAGGCUAGGGGUGCUGUACUUUGUAUUUGAUGGAUCUGCUGAACAGGGAAUGCUUUGAGCAGUGAAAAAGGGGUAUGAAAUCUACUUAAGUGCUGGUUGGUAUUUUGUUCUUUGAGUAAGUGACCUUCUAAGCAUAGCUAUGUAGUCUGAGCCCAUAGAAAUUAUUCUGUUCAGUUAUUGCUUAUAAUUUUAUGAAACAUGGAACGGGCAAAACAAAGACCGUCAAGGACUACAACCUGAAACCAUUCUACUGACAAGAAUAGGCAGUUCCGAGGGCUGCAAGCUAGGUUGUCGCUUGUUGCACCAGAUAGUCACAGCUGUAAGAAGAGGAACAAAUUAUAGUUUGAGUUUUUGCUUACACUUUUAAUAUGCUUUAUUUAUUUCAUGUCAUGGUAAUUUUCAUGUGAAUAAGCGUUCCCUAGCAUACCAUCCAUGUUUGUUAACCUCUGCUCCAAUAAAGUAGUAAUGAAGCAAUGUAUGCAGAUA